AUGACUUUAGACCUGGGUAAUCCCUUAUUGCCUUUUUCCACCUUUGCCGCCUUCCCCCAAAUCAAACCUCUACGCCCUCUUCUCGAGACUGGUGAGCUCGAUACGUGGCAGCCAGGGACGGACUGCUGCUUCUGGGUGGGCGUGACAUGCGAUAAAUCGAGGCGGGUCACUGGCCUCGACCUAAGCAAUCGAUCCAUCGCCGGUACGAUCGAUCCUAUCCUCUUCAAUCUCACAUCUUUACAAACACUCAAUCUUUCCUAUAACGAGUUCUACCACCGAUCUAUUCUCGAUUCUGGGUGGGAAAGGCUUGCAAAUCUUUCAAGCCUCAAUCUUUCCUCCUCGAAAUUUACUGGAAAGGUUCCCGCAGGUAUCUCUCGCUUGACAAAAUUGACUUUCCUCGACCUCUCCAACAAUGAUGAUCUUUUUUUCACUGCUAACCCAAUAUUUAUGCAAAAUAUGAGCAAUUUGAGGGAACUUCAUCUUGACUAUGUAAAUCUCUCGGCAUACGGUGGUGAAUGGUGUGGAGCUCUGGCCAAUUCCACCCCCGAACUUGAGGUGCUCAGCAUGCAAGGUUGUUCCCUCUUUGGGUAUUUUCCGAGCAAAAUCUUUCUUCUAAGAAAUUUGAAAGAUCUUCAAAUCUCGUACAAUCAAAUGCUUUCUGGUUCUCUUCCUGAUUUUCCAGAGGACAGUAAUUUAGAAAAAUUGAAUCUUUUUGCCACCAACUUUUAUGGGAAUUUACCCGAUACAAUAGGCAACCUCAAGUUCUUAACUUAUAUGGAUCUCGGGGGAUGUCAAUUCUCAGGUAGAAUACCGCCUUCGAUGGGGAAUCUAUCACAGCUAAAAUGGUUGAGUCUAUCAGACAACAAGUUUAGCGGUUCUGUUAUAUUUUUGCUUCCAUUUUCAAUGAUUUCUGAGCCACCGCAUAAUUGUCUAUCAUCACUAAAUACUCACAUUUGUCUGAACGACAAGCUUUGUGAUCUCGAAUAUCUUGAUCUUAGUUAUAAUGAUAUCUCUGGACCAGUUCCUGCUACUGUGUUUACACUGCCGACCUUGAGAUACUUGCUACUUCGGCAAAACCAAUUCUCUGGGCAACUUGCAGAGUUCACAAAUGCAUCCUCUAUGUUGACUUAUGUUGAUCUUAGUAACAAUAAAUUGCAGGGGCAGGGGCAAAUUCCAAAGGGGCAAAUUCCAAUGUCAUUUUUUAAGAUAUCAAGGCUUUAUAGUCUUGAGUUUGCUUCGAAUAACUUCAGUGGAGUUGUGGGGUCGGAGUUCAUAAAGGAUCUCACAGAUUUGGCUUGGUUGUCUCUCUCAAACAAUAAACUGACCGAAAUCCCAACAUUCUUCUGCAACUUGACUUCCCUUGAGGCACUUGAUUUAUCGAAUAACAAGCUAAAUGGUUCUAUUCCACCAUGCUUAGUAGAAAGUAGUAAUCUCAAGAGUCUCAGAUACUUGGACCUCUCAAAAAAUAAAUUGACUGGAGAAAUCCCAAGAUUCUGCAAUUUGACCAACUUGGAGAUGCUUGAUUUAUCUGAUAACAAGUUAACUGGUUUGAUUCCAUUAUCUUUAUUUAAAGAAGGAUGUGGUCUCCGCAUGCUAAAUCUGAGAGGAAAUCAGCUUCUUGGAGCUAUCCCUCAUGAAGUUACUCCAAAUUGUAAGCUGCAAAUUAUAAAUCUUGGAGACAACCAACUUGAGGGAUUGCUUCCGAGGUUUCUGUCUAAUUGUCGAUCACUUGAACUUCUAGACCUAGGUAACAAUAACUUAAAGGAUGUAUUUCCUUAUUGGUUGGGAAAUAUUUCCACGCUAAGUGUUCUUAUUCUAAGAUCUAAUAAGUUCUACGGGUUAGUUGGGUUUCUUGAUGGAAGCCAGAAAACAAAUUAUAAUUUUUCUACAGUGAAUGUUCUUGACAUCUCAUCCAACAACUUUAGUGGCAAUUUAUGUGAAAGGUUCUUCAACAAUUUUAAGUUAAUGAUGAUAAAUACAACAAACACAAUAAAACCUGUUGCACUUACUUCGUUGGAUGUUCACUACCCUGUUGUUGUGCCUACCAUCAUGGACAAGUGGCAAAUAAUGAUGCUACAAAAGUUUUGGAAGACUAUAAAGUUAGUAGAUAUUUCAAACAACAGUUUUGAAGGAGAGAUCCCUAUAUCCAUUGGCCAACUUGUCUCUCUCGAAGUGCUCAACUUAUCACGGAAUCACUUCACUGGAAAAAUUCUUCCACAGCUAGGAAAUUUGACACAACUCAAGUCACUAGAUCUCUCAAUGAACAACCUUUCUGGUAAAAUCCCAGCAUUCAUCUGUAACAUGGCCAACCUGGUGAUGCUUAGUUUAUCUCAUAACAAGUUAACUGGUUCUAUCCUGCCAUGUUUAUUAGAAAGAGGUAGUCUCGUGACUCUCGCUUCUUUGAACUAUGCAAACAAUAACCUGACUGGGGAAAUCCCAACAUUCAUCUGCAACUUUACUUACCUUCAGACACUCGAUUUAUCAAAUAAUAAGCUAAAUGGUUCUAUUCCACCGUGUUUAUUAGAAAGAAUUAGUCUCAACUAUGUCGGAUAUUUGGACCUCUCAAAAAAUAAAUUGACUGGAGAAAUCCCAACAUUCAACUGCAACUUGACCAACUUGGAGAUGCUUGAUUUAUCUGAUAACAAGUUAACUGGUUCGAUUCCAUCAUGUUUAUUCGAAGAAGGAUGUGGUCUCCGCAUGCUAAAUCUGAGAGAAAAUCAGCUUCAUGGAGCUAUCCCUCAUGGAGUUACUCCAAAUUGUAAGCUGCAAAUUAUAAAUCUUAGAGACAACCAACUUGAGGGAUUGCUUCCGAGGUUUCUGUCUAAUUGUCGAUCACUUGAACUUCUAGACCUGGGCAACAAUAACUUAAAGGAUGUAUUUCCUUAUUGGUUGGCAAAUAUUUCCACGCUAAGGGUUCUUAUUCUAAGAUCUAAUAUGUUCUACGGGUUAAUUGGGCCUCUUGAUGGAAACCAGAAAACAAAUUAUACUUUUCCUGCAUUGAAUGUCCUUGACAUCUCAUCCAACAAUUUUAGUGGCAAUAUAAGUGCAAUUUGCUUCAGCACUUUUAAGUCAAUGAUGAUAAAUACAACGGACGUAAUAAAAUCUUCUGCAUCUAAAUUGUCGGGUGUUUACUAUUCUCUUGUUGUGCUUACCAUCAUGGAAAAGGGGCAAAUAAUGACGAUACAAAAUUUUUGGACAAUUAUAAAGUCAAUAGAUAUUUCCAACAAUAAUUUUGAAGGAGAUGUACCUAUAUCCAUUGGCCAACUUGUCUCUCUCCAAGUGCUCAACUUAUCACAGAAUCACUUGAUAGGAAGAGUUCUUCCACAGCUAGGAAAUCUAUUACAACUCGAGUCACUCGAUCUCUCAAUGAACAGCCUUUCUGGUCAAAUCCCACAAGAAUUGGUUUCUUUACAUUUUUUGUCUUUUUUAAAUCUCUCCUUCAACAAGUUGGUGGGAGAAAUUCCGUCGGGUGGCCAAUUCUCCACUUUCCAAAGCACUUCAUUUGAAGGAAAUAAGGGACUUUGUUGGCAUCCUUGCAAUACAUCAGUUCCAGCAGUGAAUAAUAAGGCGCCAUCAGCUCCAAGUUUGGGUGGCACAACUUCAGAGAACAAAAGUUAUAAGAUUGUGUUGGGAUUAUUAUUUGGUGUGGGACUUGGAGGGUCGAUGGCGGUUGUUAUAGUUUUUGAUGUCAUGUGUUGUGACAGAAGCAUGAGGCGGAGAAGCAUAAGACCUACUCAUGGAUAACAUGCAUGAAACUCUAUCUCUUAAGAAAAACAUAC